AUGUGUAAUGUUUCAUAUGUGAAUCUUACAGAUGUUGUGAGUCAGAAUGGCUGGAGUGUAACUCAUACCAGUCACAGUAUCUGUGCCUUAAAGGACUCAUCUGCGGACAUAUCCUGCUCUUACACACAUCCCAGUCAUCACACAGUCACUAAGACUUUCUGGUUCAAGAACAAAAAGAAGAAGUCUGUUGACCUGAGUCAGAAACUGGAAUAUCAGGGACGUGUGAAAUAUGACAGUAAAAAGAAUAAUCACACACUGACAAUAACAAAUCUAAAGAAGAGUGACUCUGGAGAAUAUUAUUUCAAUUUAAUUACUGAUCAGAAAGGAGAGGAACAUCAUGGUACACCCCCCGUCUCUCUGAAAGUCACAGACCUGCAGGUGACAGUGAGUCCUGACACAGUGAGAGAGGGACAGAGAGUAACACUGACCUGUUACACCACCUGUACUCUGAAUAACAACCCUACAUACAUCUGGUACAGAAACAAUCAGCCUGUAACUAAUAAUCACAGAAACCGCCCGUAUCUGGACUCAGUCAGCAGUGAGGACACAGGCAGCUACUCUUGUGCUGUACAAGGUCAGGAGAAUCUCCGCUCUCCAGCAGUGUAUGGUCCUAGGAAUGUGAGGUUGUCAGUCAGUCCCUCUGCUGAAAUAGUGGAGGGCAGUUCAGUGACUCUCACCUGCAGCAGUGAUGCCAACCCACCAGUUCAAAAUUACACCUGGUAUAGGAAGAAUGUUCUCUAUCAGAAAUGUCAGACAGAUAAGUGUGUUAUCAGGAAUAUCAGAUCUGAGGACACUGGUAAAUACUGUUGUGCAGCUGUGAACAAAAUGGGAAUCAGUCAGACACAGUGUGAACAACUGACUGUCAAAUAUGCUCCAAAGAAAACUACUGCUUCCAUCAGUAACUCAGCAUCUAGUGAAAUGGUGGAAGGCAGUUCAGUGACUCUGACCUGCAGCAGUGAUGCCAACCCACCAGUUCACAAUUACACCUGGUAUAAGAAGAAUGGAGCUGAAACCUCACUGAAGAGAUCAGGACAGAAUUACAGCAUCACUAACAUCAGCUCUGAGGACAGAGGACAGUACUACUGUAGAGCUGAGAACAGGAUUGGAAACAGCAACUCUACUGAGAUACACCUGAAUGUAAAAUAUUCCCCAAAGAACAUGAGAGUGUCAGUCAGUCCCUCUAGUGAAAUAGUGGAGGGCAGUUCAGUGACUCUGACCUGCAGCAGUGAUGCCAACCCACCACUUCACACAUACACCUGGUAUAAGUCAGAGAAUGGAGACCAGCCUGCAUCUUUUAGGCGUACUGGAGUUGAGUAUGUCUUUACUGUAGUCCAGUCUUAGGACAUAGGACAGUACUACUGCACAGCUAUGAAUGGGAUUGGAAUAGGACAGUCCCAGACUGAACAACUAAAUGUGGAAUAUUCUCCAAAGAAUGUAAAAGUGUCAUUCAGUCCCUCUGGUGAAAUAGUGGAGGGCAGUACAGUGACUCUCACCUGCAGCAGUGAUGCCAACCCACCAGUUCACAAUUACACCUGGUAUAAGACCUCACUGAAGAGAUCAGGACAGAAUUACAGCAUCACUAACAUCAGCUCUGAGGACAGUGGACAGUACUACUGCAGAGCUGAGAACAGGAUUGGAAACAGCAACUCUACUGAAAUACACCUGAAUGUAACAUAUUCCCCAAAGAACAUGAAAGUGUCAGUCAGUCCCUCUGGUGAAAUAGUGGAGGGCAGGUCAGUGACUCUGACCUGCAGCAGUGAUGCCAACCCACCAGUUCACACAUACACCUGGUAUAAGAUCAGAGAUGGCAAAACCUCUCAGGCUGAAUCUGAUCCAGUGUAUGAUAAUGUCUCAGCUGUGGCCAUGCCCUCUGACCCCACACAGGGAGUGAACACUGAUGAUCAGGGUGAUGUUCACUAUGCAAGUGUUCAGUUCAGUCACUCUAAGAGACAGGAAGUGUCUCUGUACUCCACAACUCAACAUCAACAGCCUGACAAACAGCAUGAGGAUGUGCAGUAUGCCACUGUGAACUUCAGCAGAGCCAGUGCUGCCCCCCAGCCUGUGGCAGCAGGGUCAUCUGAGGAUCCAUCUGUGAUCUACAGUCAGAUCAACAAACGCAAACCCUGA